CUGUUACAUUGGCCGGGCUGCAAUUCUAACGAGCUGUUAUUGUUGUGCCAUCAAGUUACGGUGGUUCACUGACGGUGUUGGUACAAAAUCUUAGCGGUUGUCGUUAACAAAUAAACAGCUGUUUAUGUAGAAUUAGGCAACUGAAACCGUUUGCCUGAGAACAUUGUGACACCCCGCAGACACUCGUCCCGCAGACCCGUUGGACCCACUGUCCUCGAUGGUCGUUUUUUCUCCUGCUUAUCUUUUGUCCAAUUCCAAAGGUUCUCUGUGUUGUGCCUAUCGGAGUCUAUCUGCUGUUGUUACAUUCAAGAGCAACAAUGUCACGUUGGAAGGAUAUGAAUAAGGAUGAGCUAGAGAGGCAGUUUUCGCCCAGCCAGUGGUCGCCCAGAAUGUCGGCAGACGACGUUAUCAAAUCCCACGUGACGGCGCUCAAAGAAGGUACGGAGCGUGCCCGUGGCCUGGCCCAGACCCUCCUCAACGUUCCCUAUGGAGAAGGAGAGGGGGAGAAACUAGACGUCUAUGUUCCCACCACCACUUCUCUAGAUGUCCCACUGGUGAUCUACCUCCAUGGAGGCUACUGGCAGUUCCUUAGUAAGGAGGAGUCCGGGUUUAUGGCCGUCCCAUUGGUCCAUAAGGGCGUCGUGGUGGUCGCCGUGGGUUACGACAUCGCUCCCAAAGGGAACAUGGAUGUGAUGGUGUCUCAGGUGCGGAGGAGUGUGGUGUCCGUCAUUCAACAGUAUUCACACAUUAGUGGUCUGUACCUGUGUGGCCACUCUGCGGGGGCCCACCUGGCUGCUAUGAUCCUCUCUACAGACUGGUCUCAGUACAGUGUGACCCCUCAGAUCAAAGGUGCGUUCCUGGUCAGUGGUAUAUAUGACCUCCUGCCCAUCCUGUCCACCUAUGUCAACGAGCCUCUGAAGAUGACAGAAGAGGUGGCUCUGAGGAACAGUCCUAGUCAGCUGGUUCCGCAGCUCAAACUCUCCUCCUCCGACUGUGAUAUCGUGGUUGCCGUGGCGCAGAACGACUCGCCAGAGUUCCGGAAGCAGUCGGAGGACUACUACAAAGCUCUGGAGUCAACAGAAGGACUGAAGGUAACAUUGGAGGACGUUCCAAACACAGAUCACUUUAACAUCAUCGAGCAGCUAGUCGACGGAGACUACCACCUCACUCAGCUGCUGUUAAAGAUGAUGGGGAAGAGCUAAAGAGAUACAGGGACACUGGCCAAUCAUUGAAGAGAUACAGGAACACCAGACAAUCAUUGAAGAGAUACAGGGACACUGGCCAAUCAUUCAUUUACAUAUCAACCACAAACACCUCUGUUCUGAUGGCUAUUGGCUAAACAAGGUGGUUAGGUAACAGGUAUUAUGUUUUGUGUUACAGAACCUCCGGGGUGAAGAUUCCCUUAGUUACAGUUCUUGGAUCAGUUUUGAUUCCUCUUCACUUGAACUAUUAGUGGGAAAAAAUGCAAAACUGACCCAAGAUCAGCGUAUAGGGGCAACUUUACCCUGCUCCGUUAGAGUGGCCUGAAGUGUUUUUUAAACCCAAAAUCCCCUCCCCACGCUGUCUUACAGUAACAACCAGAUGAAACUAAGUGUGCAUCCCAAAUGGCACCCUAUUCCCAAUAUAUAGCGCUCCGGUCAAAAGUAGUGCACUAUACAGGGAACAUGGUACCAUUUAGGAUGCACACUAUCUCACCGUCUGACCCAGUACUAUCUCACACUACACUAUGGAUUUGUCCCAAAUGGCACCCUAUUCCCUAUAUAGUGCAGUACUUUUGACUAGAGCCCUAUGGGAACCUAUGGGCCCUGGUUAAAUGUAGUGCACUAUAGAGGGAAUAGGGUGCCCAUUUAGGAUGUAAGCUAUACCUCUUCACUCUGUUACUGCUAUAACAACUGGUUUGGGGUCAGCUCUUAGGAAUCUUUUAAGGAAAUGGUCAAACUGAUCCUGGACCAGCCAAAGUUUGACAACAUAAUAUGCGUCCCAAAUUGUAUCCUUAUAUAGUUCACUAGUUUUAACCAGGUCUAUUUCACUAGGUAGGGUAUAGGGUGCCAUUUGGGACUGAAGCAUAGCCUGCCAGGAUAAAGUAGCAACACUUGUUUCCAGAGCGAGUGAGAUAGCUAAUCAGUUAACCAAUCACUAUGCACAAAUGAAUAUUGUCUUCAUUGCAAUUUUGCCAAUGCCAGUCGAUUUCAUUGCUUGUUUUAGUGGCACAGUGUAGUUGAUAACGCGGCGACAGGGGCACUUUUUUGUUUCUUUGUAUUGUUACAUCACUUCCUGUGUUUGUUUCUAAACCUCUCUGAACCAUAGAAAUAGUCCACCCAUUAUGGCGUCGUUGACUUGAAUAAAGAGGCCUGUUCUCUGAACCAUAUUGACUGGGAAUCUUUCCCCACUAUGUUGUUCACCUGUUAUUAUAACUUUAUUCACCUGUCAUUAGAACCAGGGUUCAAAUUAUACAUUGGCUCUUGGGGGUGCAUGAACGACGAGGGUGUUGAGUCUGGCCUAACCCCCCCCCCCCCUGUAAUUCAAACCCUGGUUAUUUUCUAAAGGACAUGAACAGGGUCUGGACUUCUCGUGUUAAGAUUAAGUACAUGACAUGAAUUGAAAUCAGUACGACGAAAGGUGAAUGUUGGCAUUCAAUAGGGUACGUCUCGAAUGGUGAAAAGUAGUGCACUAUAUUAGGGAAAAGGUUGCCAUUUUGGACAUAUGUCAAUGUUUACCUAUAUAAUUGUCAGAUGUGUGUUACACAUGGAAUUAAUUGUAACAUUUACCCCAAAAUAACCUUUUGACACUUGAACUUGUCUCUCACAAUCUAGAACUAAGGAAUACUGUAUUUUGUUUAUUAUUCUACCCUAAUAUGAAAUUGUCAAUCUAGAUUUGCACACUAAAAUGUAAUAAUUGUUUUAUGUGGGUCAUUAUGCUUCUUUGUCUAUUAGCCUAAAUGCUUGUUUACAUUAUUGUUUACAUGACAUGACUAGUAAUAAUGUUGGUGGGAGAAUUAUGUAAAAUAUCACAAUAAAUGUGUAUGUCAUAGAAGUGUG